AUGGUAAUGGAGCGGAAUCGCGAUCCGUCGGGCGCAAUGGGCGAUGCCCAGAGGAGUAUCUCUGUCAAUGUAAAGCAACGCACUCCAGAUCCCACACUGAACAAUACGAGCAGUGGAUUGCCGAGGAGUGAGAUAACGCUCGAACUUCGUCCGUCCUAUCCAUUGACCACCGCCCAUUACGGCGAAUGUGUAUACCUCUCAGAGUACCAGAAACGUCGUCCUGGCAAAGCCGACGAAGCUUCUCCCAGUUCUUCCCAUUUCGAGCCUUUCCAAAGUUACUGUACGUCAUCGUCUACGCCCCGUCAAGACCCUAUUCCGCCCUCACUCUCCCACGAUUUCGUCACCAAAGAAGACUAUGAGCGUUUGGUCGAGGAAAACGCAAGGCUGAAACUCGAACUGGAGAUGGCGAAGGAGACCGCCGAGAAGGCUGCGAAGGCAUGUCGUGACCUCGCCGCGUGGACUAUCUGGGAACGGGAUAGAUUAAUGUGCGAGCUAGAGAAGGCCAAAGAGGUGCAUCGCGCUUUCGUCGAUAACGAAGUCAACGAGCUCAUGGCAGAGGAAUCAGGCUAUUUACCUUUUUACGAUAUGGCAAAUUUCAUCCCGACACCGAAGUGGCUUGGAAUGCUACGUGCGACUCGCGCUGCUAUGGCAAGGGAGCCGACCGGGCCGCAACAAACAGGAGCCGAGAGCAAGGCAAACGACGAGGAGAUAGAACAUGACCCUACCGACUACGCAAGCGACAGUUCUGAAGACAGAUCUAGCAGCAAUGCCGAGCCUGAGAUGCGUGCGGGCGAUGAUGAAAAAGGCGGCACCACGGGACAUGCACUGCCUAGGGAGCGUCACAGCCCCGUGAGAGCAAAUGAUGGCAUCAAAGUCGUCUGGAAACACGUCGCCGAUAAGGCCACUUUCCUGGCCACACAAGCCAAAGAUGCUGUGACCGAAGCCGUCAAGAAGGUCAAGGAACUUGGCUUUAUCGGUACGGUAAAGGCAAUCGGCGAAUGGAUCAAGCUACACCCAUGGGAGACCGCGCUGAUAGUGGUGCCUCUCGUCGCGCUCAUCGCCACAGCUAUAGCGCUCUCGGCUUCGGGAUUUGGACCAGCUGGAAUUGUCGCUGGCAGUACAGCAACGAUUAUUCAGGCGGGUAUCGGCAACGUCGUCGCCGGUUCGAUCUUUGCGACUUGCACCAGCGCUAUGAUGGGCGGAUCUGGAGCUCUGAUAGUGUUCGGAGGAGUAUGGCUUGGAUCAACAGUCUUUGUGGCUAGUCUUGCGGUAGCCUGGAAAAGGUGGAGAGAUAGAUCACAGCGUGCGAUGGUACUUUCGAGGAGCGACUCACCCAAGACAGCCGCGGAAGAAGCCAAGCAAGCUGCUUCUGACGCCGUGUUCUGGACGAUACGGGCAGCAACUGCGGCGGCGCGGCAAGCCUCACCUCAUUCCACAUCCGAUAAGUCGAAAAUGCCAGCAGAUCGAACGCGAACCACAAACUCCCAAGGCCGGCAAAAGUCUUGCUCAGAGUGCGCUAAAUCGAAACGCAAGUGCGGUUUAGAACAGCCUCAUUGUGCACGAUGUACUAGACAGCACUUAUCCUGCAUCUAUCCAUCAAGACCUGGUGCGCAGGCCGCAAUUUCGCAAACUAACUCAGCCGAAGUGUCUACUGAUAUGGGAUAUCCACAAACACCGGCAGAUAUUACAGAUCUAGUCAACGAUGAUGUUGAAUUCGACUUCGACCUGCCUGCUAUGUCAACAAACCCCACGGCGGAUAUCCUGGAUUUUGACUUCUGCGCUGGCGCAAACUCGUUAGACGCGCUUUCGGAAAUGCUGGCCUCCCAGUCCCACCAGUUGAACCACACAGCCUUGCAAGACGUCUCUGGGCCAGUCAGAAAGCCCUUCACAUCAGCGCAUCUUUCACCCUACGCAAAGUCGAGAGUGGAGUACUCAUUCGAACACAUCAAACUCGCGCCGAAGAUGAUGGUAGAGCAAGCCUGUACACCAUGGUCGCACCCGAUGCUUUACGAAGAGUACAUGCCAAGAUCACUACAAGAUGCGCAUGCUGCAUGUGCCCUCUACAUCACUAUGAAUGCCGUCAACUCUGAGCAUGUUGCACGGUACAUUACUAGCCGCGCCCAAGAGCUUGUUACCAGUGCCAUGCCAAUUACGCCAUUUGAGAUUCUUGCUCAUACACAAGCGCUUAUGUUAUAUCAGGCCAUGCUUCUCUCUAGUGGUGGGAUACGGCUCUGGGCACUAGCUGAUACCUUACUGCCUUACCUCGAGGACAUGGGCGCCGCUCUACUACCUAUUGCAGCUGAGCAGGAUGAAAUACCGGAGACCAUUCCACUAUAUCCCAGCACAGUUGCUCGAACAGCCUGGAAAUCGUAUGUUUUCCGCGAAUCGGCCCGACGGACUGUCCUGUGUGCCUACCAUAUAGCAAUUAUGUGGACUCUGUUCAGCGGUCAAUUGAAGACUUGCUCCCGCGAUCACUCUCUUAGGAAUUUCGUCACACUUUCGGCACACUUGUGGAGAGCGACCAACCCCUUCGAUUUUGCCAUGGCUUGGAACGACAAAAAUCACUUUCUUGUCAAAGAGCUAGACUUCACAGAAGUCUUGAGGGUUGCGCAGCCGGAUGACUUGGAUGUGUUUGCUAAUAUGAUGCUCGUUGGGCUGCAGGGCAUUGACGAUGUGCGAGGCUGGUAUCAUACACGUGGUGGCGCCUUGCUGUAG